UCUUCCGGCGUCCGUCCCGUCCCCCUUCGGGUUCGAAUUGCUGCUUUCCCGUUCUUAGCGGCUGGGAGCCAUGAGUGUUCCUGGGCUUCCGACCCCCGACGGGGUCCUAGCAGGGCCCCCCGAAGACGUGGGAGCCUCCGGGGAGUCCACGCCGGGUUUGAGUGACACUUCUCCUGAUGAAGGCUUGAUAGAGGAUGUGCAGAUAGAAGACAAAGCUUUGGAGCAGUUGGUAGAAGGAUUGCUUUCUCACUACCUGCCAGAUUUGCAGAGAUCCAAACAGGCCCUCCAGGAACUCACACAGAACCAAGUUAUAUUGUUAGAUACUCUGGAACAAGAGAUUUCAAAAUUUAAAGAAUGUCAUUCUAUGUUGGAUAUUAAUGCUUUGUUCAUUGAAGCAAAACAUUAUCAUGCCAAAUUGGUGAAUAUAAGAAAAGAGAUGCUGAUGCUUCAUGAAAAGACUUCAAAGUUAAAAAAAAGAGCACUUAAAUUACAGCAGAAGAAACAAAAAGAAGAGUUGGAAAGAGAACAACAACGAGAGAAAGAAUUUGAAAGAGAAAAACAGUUAACUGCCAAACCAGCUAAAAGGACAUGAAAGAUUGAAUGUUCGGGUGUGUUACUUGUCCUCUCCCAUAUCUUGGGGUUUAAGUUGAACUAAGUGUAGACUGAAGUUAAUGUAUGGUGCCUUAUAUUAUUAGUCCUGUUGUGAAAUUCUUUUUUCAGGUUAUUGUGUCUCCAUAACUUCAUUUUAGCCUUUGAAGAAGGCCCCCCCACCCCCUUUUUUCCCCCUGUGUAGAAAACAGUGUUCCUUGGACUGGAAUAUUUAUGUUUAAAAAAAAAUUUUUUUUAUUUUUGGGUCACACACCAUGAUGCUCAGGGGCUAUGUGCUCAGAAAUCGCUCCUGCUUGGGGGACCAUAUGGGACGCCGAGGGAUCAAACUUCGAUUCGUCCUAGGCUAGCAUGUGCAAGGCAGAUGCCUUACCACUUGCACCACUGCUCUGGCUCCUAUGUUUUUUAAUUUU